GCCGGCGGCCGGCGCCUAGCGGCCCAGUCUGCCCGUGCUCGCCGCUGGAGCCGGUCGCGCUGCUGCGGGUGCUGCGUCUGAGACGGACCCACGCGACCUCCGGAGCCGUCAUCAUGCGGUCGAUCGCAGUGAGCGUGCUGGCAGUACUGGUGGUCUCAUGCGCCGGACAGCUGCGCAAGCGUAACAUCGGCGGCUUUCAGCCGGCCCCCGUGGCGCUGGGCAAAUGCACCACUUUCAACGGCGUGCUCGGCGUGUGCAAGCGGAUCCAGGACCUGGAGGGCAACUACGCGGACGUGGCGCAGGCCCUCAAGAGUCCGUGCAACACGCCGUGUGUGACCCGCGGCGUCUGCUGCCCGCUCGGCUCCGCCCAGUCGGCCGCUACGCCCAAAGGUCCGGGUCUCAUCGUCUACGUGGAGCCGCCGCCGGUGACAGUGACUGUCGACCAGCAGGAGAUGGAGAAGGCGGCGCGCUUCGGCGCCUCCUCGCAGCAGCGCCGUCGCCAGCAGGACAUCGAGCUCAUCCGCAACGACAUAGUGGUGUCGCCCACCGAGCCGGCUUUCAGCCACCGCAAGCUGCAGCAGCCCACGCGGACGGCGCUGAAGAAGAUGGGCUCGGCCGAGAUCGCCCUCUCUGCCAGCAAGAUGAUCGCCAUGGACCAGCACCUGUCGCCGUUGCAGUCCGUGGCCGGCCUGGUGCGAGUCAGCCUGCUCAACAGCAGCCUGGAGGAGACGUGCCAGCGGGCGCCGCGCUGCCGCGACUCGCGCUACCGCACCCUCGACGGCAGAUGCAACAACCUGCGCCACGGCCUCUGGGGCAGCGCCGAGACCGCGCUGCAGCGCAUCGGCAUGGCCGCCUACGCCGACGGUCUGUUCGAGCCGCGGCGAGCGCAGGACGGCAGCGAGCUGCCGUCGGCCCGCGUCGUCAGCAUGAUCGUCAUCCCUACCCACCACGCCGAGAACGCCCAGCACAGCAUGCUGCUCAUGCAGUUCGGCCAGUUCCUGGACCAUGACGUCACUCACACGCCCAUGAUCGAGACUGACGACGGCGUGAAGAUCAGCUGCUGCCGAUACGGCGUGAAGGUGCGCGAGGGCGAGAUCCAUUCCGAGUGCUACCCCAUCGAGAUGCCGCCCAACGACCCGUUCUACGCGCCGUUCGGAGAGCGCUGCAUGGAGCUGGUGCGCUCCGUGUACGCGCCCCGGCCCAGCUGCUACAUGGGCCCCCGCGAACAGAUGAACCAGAUCACAGCCUACGUGGACGCCAGCAACGUAUACGGCUCCUCGGAGCACGAGGCCGAGGAGCUGCGCGAACACAGCGGCGGCCUGCUCAAGUCGCGGCCAGUGCACGGCCAUCCGUACCUGCCGGCCGACUCCUUCACCUGCAAGGACGUCAAGAUGCCGGAGUGGACCUGCUUCAAGGCAGGCGAUGAGCGAGUCAACGAGCAGGUGGACCUGGUGGUGAUGCACACGCUGUGGAUGCGCGAGCACAACCGGCUGGCGCGAGCUUUGCACGCGGUGAACCCGCGCUGGGACGACGAGCGGCUCUUCCAGGAGGCACGUCGGAUCGUGGCCGCCGAGAUGCAGCACAUCACGUACAAUGAGUUCCUGCCCAUCGUGAUUGGACGCCGUCACAUGCAGAAGACGAAGCUGCUGUCGCCACUGAAGAGCGGCUUCACCAACAACUACGAUCCCGAAAUCAGUGCCGGGAUCACGAACGAGUUUUCGACGGCCGCGUUCAGGAUGGGCCACACCCUGAUCCCAGACAACAUCAUUUCGAUGACCCAGUUCGGCAGCAAGGAGAAGGUGACUCCGCUGCACCGAACCCAGUUCACCCCCUUCGACCUGUACCGCCGCGACGCCUUCAGUGGCCUCCUGCGCGGCCUGCUCGAGAUGCCCAGCAUGAAGUUCGACAACGCCUUCAGCAAGGAGCUGCUGGGCCACCUGUUUCAGUUUGAGGGCCUGUUCGGGAUGGACCUGAUAGCGCUCAACAUCCAGCGGGGUCGAGACCACGGCAUCCCACCCUACAACAAACUGCGCGAGAUCUGCGGCCUGAAGAAAGCCACCACCUGGAGCGACUUCGCCAGCGAAAUCGACUCACAGACCCUAAGCAAGUUCGCGUUGCUGUACAAGUCGGUGGACGACGUGGACCUGUUCAUCGGCGGUGUGUCCGAGCGCCCGGUGGAUGACGCGCUGGUAGGCCCCACUUUCCGCUGCAUCAUCACCGACCAGUUCGCUCGCCAGAAGGCCGGCGACAGAUACUUCUACGAGGAGGGCGGACAGACCGGCUCAUUCACUCUCGACCAGCUGGCCGAGCUGAGGAAG